CUGCUUUCCCUGACCCCAUCAUUAGCAGGGGCGUGGUUAACGUUAGGUGGAUAUCAAAAAGUUAAGACGGGAGAAAACGCGGAAAAAAGUGCUUGAUUGCAGUGCAAAAGUGCUGAUUACAGACAGUUGCUGUGGCAUCGUCAUAACAUUUAUUUACGUCGUCCAGCGUUGCCAAGAUUUGUAUGAUGGCGGGAGAUUCGGACCACUGCGCAGUCUUCUCCAGCACAUUCCAAAGAAUUGACAUGAUGAGCCGAUCCUCCGAUCCGAAAGAUGGCCAGGCAGUACUUGACAAGAUUAGUGGAUCCCCCGAGCCGAUAUAUGAUAUUCCUGUGGUCGAGAUUGGCCGGCUCAGCCCCAUCCAUUGCAGUUUCCUAGCUCAGGAUGAAGGCUACGAGACUAGAUCCUUCACCCAGGAGUUUCCCCUCACCCCCAUCAUGUCUACACCCCUUAAGAGCCAGAGGCAGACACCUGACCUGACAGCAGGGGCGGAUUCUGUGCUGUCAGCCACUAAGGACUACUUUGGCCUCUGCCAGGGCCAGAGGCAGACACUUGACCUGACAGCAGGGGCGGAUGCUGUGCUGUCAGUCACGAAGGACGCCUCUGGCCUCUGCAAGGGUGAUGGCCUGUGGGAGAGCACCCUGCUGGACGUGCAGGUCAAAUCCAAGGUGGUGCUGCCAGGGUCUGCCGACGUGAAGGAUUCGUCUUGCGAAGCCUUGCCCACUUUCAAACCAGGCCGUAGAGUGACCCCAUCAGCAAGCAAGAGGCCACGGGUGUUUGACCGUCCUGAGGAGUGGCAGCAACAAAAAGCUGUUUAUGUGGAGGCUGUCAGCAGACACAUGAAGGAGAAGCCCAAAGGAGGUGUGAUCAAUGAACUCCUAGACCUCAUGAACACAGUUGCCAACGAACAGCACCCGUGGCAACACCCGUCCGACCUUACCACGCGGAAUUAUACCGCAAGUGGCAAAGGUCUUAUGUCCCUGGACGACUGGAUCAUAAAAAAUGGAGGGUCGGAGCCACGGUUUGCCCGCUGACUGUAUAUUUGUAUAUAGGUAUAUUUGUAAAUAUUGUUGUUUUUCAUUUUGUGUUUGCACUUAUUGUGUGUGUUUUUGUGUGUGUUUUCAAACACAGUGUGAAUUUGUGUGUGUUGUGUUUAUAUUACUGUUGUAACCUGUUAAUGGGAUGGCUAAAAUUCCUAAACUGCAAGCCCAAAUUAAAAGCUCCCAUAUACUUUUA